AUGUCAAGUGUCGGUAAAAAGGUCAACGACCCACAUUCUAUCAUCAAGGAACCAGCAGGUGCAGUAGCAUCAGACUCUCUCGCGGCAGAGUCUACCAGAUCUGGUGGAGGCUUCGCGGAAAACCGCCAUGGCGAACCAUUAGGUGUCAAAGGCUCGAAUUCCACAUUCGCAAAUACCAACACAUCAGGAGCCAAAUCUCUUGAUCCUGCUCCUGAUGCCGAAGCCCGAAUGGCGGAGGAAGAUUGGCAGGAAGAGAAAAAGCUCGCAGCAUCUGGAUCAUCUGGAUCAUAUCAGAAAGAUGCGGGUGAUCCUACUGCGCAAAAUGAUACAAGCAAUGCGGAAACCGCACCGACUUAUGUUCUCAGUGAAUACCAGUCUGGUGGCAAACCAAAAGGAAAGAAUUUGACAGAGGAUGGAUUUGAGAGUAACGAUGCAAAGAAUGCUAGUUUUGAUACGGAUAUUGGAGGAAAGAAUGACCCCAGUCGUGUUGCGGAACAGAAGAUACAGAGGGAAAAUGCUCAAUCGGCAUACGACAGUGGCUAUCCUAGAGAUAAGGGAGAGCCAGGAGGAACUCCAUAUGAUGUUUUGAGUGGUGAUACUGCAGCUUGA